AUGCGUCGCGCUGUGAUCCUUGUGUUCGUGUGUUGCCUGCUGAUCGCCGUGGCCUCGGCCGGCUUGCUCGGCGGUGGAGGCGGUGGUGGUGGCUACGGCGGCGGCGGUGGCGGUGGUGGUCAGGGUGGCUACGGCGGUGGUGGCGGCGGUCAAGGCGGCUGGCAGAAGAACGGCGGAGGCGGCGGCCAUGGAGGCGGUGGCCAGGGAGGCUACGGCGGCGGUAGCCAAGGUGGACAUGGAGGCGGUGGCCAAGGAGGCUGGCAGAAGAACGGCGGAGGCGGCGGCCAUGGAGGCGGUGGACAAGGAGGCUACGGAGGUGGCAAUCAAGGUGGCCACGGAGGACAAGGAGGUUAUGGCGGCGGUGGCCAAGGAGGCGGUGGCCAUGCGAGCAAGUCCCUGGCCGGCAAUCGCGGCAGCUCCGUGUCCUGGCAGGGCGGAAAUGGAGGCAACAAGCACGGCGGCGGCGGAGGAGGAGGUGGUGGUGGUGGUGGCCUGUACGGCGCUGGCGGCGGUGGAGGUGGCAAGCAGCACGGCGGUGGCUGGUAA